GGGCCAUUUGUCAGCAUGCAUGUUGUGUUUUUCAAGUGUCCUCCAACUGUUUUUGUUGACGUACGACAAUAUGCCAACUAAAAAUCAAUAUAAUAGAGUCAAAAAGGUGACUAAAAUAUUUUGCGGAAUAGUGAAUUUUGUGGCAUGACGGUAUGGACGCGUUUGUGCUGGGAUAGAUGGACAUGUCUGGAAAGUUAUCACAGUACUUGACAUAGGAGUGCAGACAACUUUGUGGAGGAAAUACACUAAGCGUAUACAAAAGCCUUGGAAUAACCUGGAAUAACCAUGUGGACAGAUUGCGUGGAUUGUGUUAAAAAGGUUAAAAAUCAUUUGACAGUUUAGACCGCUUAGACAAUUGAUGAUCAAGGAAUAGUGUACAAUUGCAUAUUCGGAAAUAUAGUUUUGAUAAUAAGUUAUCAAAACUAUAAAGUAAGAAGCGGAACAAGAUUUGCAUGUGAUCCGUGUCGCCCGUGUGGUGUUUGUUGUUUACAAAUUGAAAUUAUGGCACAAGAAGAUUAUUUUAAUGUUUUCGUUGGUGGUAUAUCAACAAGUUUAAAAGGUAUAUCGCUGGAUGGUACCUUCCAAGUAACAAAUUCACAGAAAUUUCCCAUACCGAGUAACCGAAAUAUAACUGCAUUAUCAUGGGGUAAUGACAAAGAGACAGAAAUUCUUGUAGGUUGUGGUACAAAGGAAUCUGCAAGUGUCGAGAUUUUCAAUACAGAGCUAUCAAGUUUUGCGCGUUCCUUUCAAUGUACGGAAGGUGAAGGAAUUAUUAUUGGAGUUUGCAGACAUAAUAAUACACUUCUGGCAGCCAGGAAAUCAGGACAUGUGAUUUAUCAAAGGCCAGAUGAGGAUGAUGGUGUUGCAAUAAACGCUGGUCCUAAUUUACACAGAAUGCGCCAGUCAACUUCAAAAAAGGAAAUAAUAGCCACAGGUGGAUUGGAAAAUCCAUUACAAUUAUUUGAUUUGGAGAAAAAGAAGCAAAUUUUCGUUGCAAAGAACGUUAAAAACGAUUCUCUAGAAUUAAGAGUGCCUGUUUGGAUUUCUGAUAUUGGAUUCUUUCCUGAUUCGUCAAAAUUGGUAACUUCUUCUAAAUACGGACAUGUACGAUUAUACGAUCAUCAUGCUCAGAGAAGACCAGUCAUGAAUAUCGAAGUUAAGCAGGAAGCUUUAGGAUAUUUGGCAGUUGAUGCUGCCAAUAUGCAAGUUAUAGUUGGUUCAGGCAAAGGUAGAAUGCAUCUAAUUGAUUUAAGAAAUGGAAAAAUUGUGAAUCAUUACAAAGGUGCUGUCGGAAGUGUUACUGCUAUUGCCAUCAACAAAAAAAGUACUAAUGUCGUUAGUGUCAGUCUUGAUAGGUACAUAAGGAUACAUGAUAUAAAGACUAAAGAGCUUCUAAAGAAGGAAUACUUAACAUCAAGACCAACCUGUUUGUUGAUUCGAUCGGAAUGGACGGAAAGAUAACAGUAAUAUACUCACUUUUAAUGUAUAUUUUCUAUGUAACAUAUAAAUCAGGCCUCUCAAUUAAAUACAAUUUUUUGACUGUA